CCCUAGGUGCUGGAGCUGAGCGCGGUGCUGUUGCUAAACCCUGAGGGGUAACGUCACUCCCUUUGCUGAUCAAAUUCAGUCUUCCAUUCACUACCGCCACAUCGUUCCGGAAACCAGAAAGAUCGUACCCACCAUCGGUGCAAUUUGCAAUGUUAGUCAAACAAAAAUUUGACUCGACUUUUUCCCCCCGGCUCCUUAUUUUUCCCCAUCGUAUUGACAGAGUGGUGUUUCAAAGGCUGGGUUUUGCGCCCUGACACGAGCGGUCACCAAUUAAAUGGGAAGAGGUCAUGAAAGUGGGGACUUCACGUGCUCCGAGGAUGACUUGUGACAAAAGGGAUAUCGUAAGGCUACAACGUUUGUAACUGAAGAAAAGCUGUUCGGCAGAAGCUUGUUACUACUAUAACUGGGGAUAUUUUUCAAUCAUGCCUGUUCGGAGAGGUCACGUUGCUCCACAAAAUACAUUUCUCGGCGUCAUAAUACGGAAAUUCGAAGGACAAAAUAAGAAAUUCAUAAUAGCCAAUGCUAGAGUCCAGAACUGUGCGAUCAUCUACUGCAAUGAUGGCUUUUGCGAGAUGACUGGUUACUCCAGACCAGACGUCAUGCAGAAGCCGUGCACCUGUGACUUUCUCCACGGACAGCACACCAAACGGCACGCCAUCGCCCAGAUGGCCCAAGCUCUGCUGGGCUCAGAGGAAAGGCGGGUGGAAAUUACCUAUCAUCGCAAGGAUGGGUCCGACUUCCUGUGCAACACUCACAUAAUCCCAGUGAAGAACGAGGAAGGGGUGGUGAUGAUGUUCAUCCUAAACUUCGACUACGUCCUGGAUGAGUCCAGCAGCGAAUCCUUAGAGAAGCUUAGCCACACGUCUUCCGCCAAAUCCAACCACAAGAAGGGGAGGUUCUUCCGAUUCCGCCUGCCCCUCUUGAGCCUCCUGGGGGCCAGCAAGCGGUCCCUCCCCCAGGACGACCCGGACGCCGUGACGGUGGACUCCCCCAAACGGAGCGAGGACUCCUUCGCCGGGCGGAGCCACCGGUCCCCCGCCGGGGAGAGCCGCAGCCCCUCGGCCGCCGACGACACCCGGGCCCUCAUCGGCUCCCGCCGCCCCCCGCCGCCCCCCCUCAGCGCGCCGGGGCCCCUGGACCACUCCUCGCCCAAACGCCGCUGGGGUCGGCCGCACCCGGAGCAGCGGGUGUCCUCCUCCUGCCUGGCCCCGGGCCCGGCCCGCGACGGGGUCUGCGGCAUGCGCCGGGCGUCCUCCGUGCAGGACAUCGAGGCCUUCAGCACCAACGCCAAGAGCGCCUUCAGAGACCGCCACGCAAGCGAAGACAAUGGUCGCACUUUCAAAGGCCCGUUCAACCAUUUAAAGUCCAGCUUGCUGGGCUCCACCUCGGACUCCAACCUGAACAAGUACAGCACCAUCAACAAGAUCCCGCUGAUCGCGCUCAACUUCUCCGAGACCAACGAGAAGAAGACCGCCUCGCCGCCCUCCUCGGAGAAGACCAUCGUGGCGCCCAAGGUCAAGGACCGAGCGCACAACGUCACGGAGAAGGUCACGCAGGUGCUGUCCCUGGGAGCGGACGUCCUGCCCGAGUACAAGCUCCAGACUCCGGGCAUCAACAGGUUCACCAUCCUCCACUACAGCCCGUUCAAGGCGGUGUGGGACUGGCUGAUCCUGCUGCUGGUCAUCUACACCGCCAUCCUGACGCCCUACUCGGCGGCCUUCCUCCUCAACGGCCGCGAGGAGCAGCGGCGGCACCGCUGCGGCUACUCCUGCAACCCGCUGGACAUGGUGGACCUGGUGGUGGACAUCAUGUUCAUCAUCGACAUCCUCAUCAACUUCCGCACCACCUACGUCAACGUCAACGAGGAGGUGGUCAGCCACCCGGGCCGGAUCGCCGUCCACUACUUCAAGGGCUGGUUCCUCAUCGACAUGGUCGCCGCCAUCCCCUUCGACCUGCUCAUUUUCGGCUCGGGGUCUGAUGAAACCACCACUCUGAUUGGGCUGUUGAAAACGGCCAGGCUCCUGCGAUUGGUCCGCGUCGCUCGGAAACUGGACCGCUACUCGGAGUACGGCGCCGCGGUGCUCAUGCUGCUGAUGUGCAUCUUCGCGCUGAUCGCCCACUGGCUGGCCUGCAUCUGGUACGCCAUCGGCAACGUGGAGAGGCCCUUCCUGGAGCACAAGAUCGGCUGGCUGGACAACCUGGGCCUGUCCAUCGGCAAACGGUACAACCUCAGCGACCCGGACUCCGGACCCUCCAUCAAGGACAAGUACGUCACCGCCCUCUACUUCACCUUCAGCAGCCUGACCAGCGUGGGCUUCGGCAACGUCUCGCCCAACACCAACUCCGAGAAGAUCUUCUCCAUCUGCGUCAUGCUCAUCGGCUCCCUCAUGUACGCCAGCAUCUUCGGGAACGUGUCGGCCAUCAUCCAGCGGCUGUACUCGGGCACGGCGCGCUACCACAUGCAGAUGCUGCGGGUCAAGGAGUUCAUCCGCUUCCACCAGAUCCCCAACCCGCUGCGCCAGCGCCUGGAGGAGUACUUCCAGCACUCCUGGACCUACACCAACGGCAUCGACAUGAACACGGUCUUAAAGGGCUUCCCAGAGUGCCUGCAGGCAGACAUCUGCCUCCACCUGAAUCAGAACCUGCUGGAGAACUGCAAGGCCUUCCAAGGCGCGACCAAGGGCUGCCUGCGGGCCCUGGCCGUCCGCUUCAAGACCACCCACGCCCCGCCCGGAGACACGCUGGUGCACGGCGGGGACGUCCUCACCGCCCUCUACUUCCUGUCCCGAGGCUCCAUCGAGAUCCUGAAGGACGACAUCGUGGUGGCCAUUUUGGGGAAGAACGACAUCUUCGGAGAAAUGAUCCACCUCUACGCGAAGCCGGGGAAGUCGAAAGCCGACGUCAGAGCGCUGAGCUACUGCGACCUGCACACCAUCCAGAGGGAGGAGCUCCUGGAAGUGCUGGACAUGUACCCCGAGUUCGCCGACUACUUCCUCACCAACCUGGAGCUGACUUUCAACCUGAGGGACGAGGAAGCAAAGGCGAACUAUUCCCAAAGCAGUGAUUCGGAUGAGGAAGACAAAAGCAGAAGAAAGUUUUCUCUCAAACGGAAAUCAUGCAAUGGGAGAAGCAACAAGGGCACAGAGAGCGACGCGGAGAAAGACAAGAGAGAGGCAGGAGACGACAAGCGCUCGCUGGAGGAGGAGGGGCUCCUGAGCUCGGAGAUACUGGGGUACCCCUCAGAGCAGGGCCCCCAUCUGGGGCCGGACUUCGACGGUCCCCUGGACGUCCACACCCGGAGCAGCCUGGGGAGGAUCCCGUCCCCCCGGGACAUCUGCGGCGAGGAGUGGGCCGGCGAGAAGCCCAGGAGGUCCCGGGACGAGUCGGCGCAGUCGCAGAUCCUGAAAGUCGCGGACGACACCGAAAGCGAAAUCACGUACGGGGAGGUGGAGAACCGCCUGGACCUUCUGCAGGAGCACCUGAACAGGCUGGAGUCGCAGAUGACCUCCGACAUACAGACCAUCCUGCAGCUGCUGCACAGGCAGUCGGCCCACGGCCCCCCCACCUACAGCAUGGUGACGGCCAGUCCGGAGUACCGGGGGCCCACCGCCUGCCCCGCCGCCGCCUCCGCCGUCGGGACCGGGCUGAGCUGCAGCUCCGGGUCAGCGCAGAGUUCUGAAUUCCUCGACCUACGGAAUCCCCACCAGAAACCCAAAGAGCUUCUGUCGGGUACGGGAGUGGACUCCGAGGAGCACGUAGCAGUUCUUCUGGGAGACGCGGAAGCCCUCCACGGACAGAACCGGGACCAAGCCGCUCUUCCGCGGCAGCAACGGCCAAAAUCCCUCCUGCUUCCCGGCCAGAACCAUUCCGCCCCGCGUUCCCCGGGCGACGCGGGAACGCCGGCCCUGCGGAGGCCCGUCUCCGAUCCCGCUCUUCCGUGGGAGUAGACCGCGCCUGCGGCUGCCCGCCCCCCCCCCCCCCCAAGAUCAGCUGCACCGCACACCCUCUGAAGCCUGACUCAGGGUCUAGAAGGAUUACUGUAUGUACGCCUGCCAUAUGCAAGGAAUACUGUAGAUUAUUUUCCUAUCUUUUGAAUGGCGUAUGUAAAACAUGCACAGUGCCCCUCCAUAAUGUUUGGGAGAUACUUUUUUUUUUUCUUCUUGAUUUGGCUCUGUACUCCACGAUUUUAGAUUCG